UAGGCAUUACAAUGUCAUCGGAAGACCCAAGUGAGCACUCUGUUCAUGGAUCGGCGAACGCAAGCAUUCAUCAAGAAGAGCCUCAUCAGCCGGAUCCAUUCAUGCAGCAAAUGGCUGGAUUUUUUCAACAGUUGGUGCAGAAUGUGGUCCCAAUUAAUAACCAAGUUGUAAGAGGAUCUAUCACUAUAGACAAACUUAAAAAGAAUGGUGCUUCCAUCUUUUUCGGUAAAAGAGGGGAUACCCCUGAAAUUGCUGAAUUUUGGCUCGAGCAAACUGCUCGUGUGUUGGAGGACUUACAAGUUCCAUUAGUCGAACAUCCACGACACGCCAUUAGUUUGCUACAACACGGAGCAUACGAUUGGUGGAAAUCAGUGCUACUUAGACCUGAUUUACCUAGACCAAUAACAUGGAAUUAUUUUCAAGCGCGAUUUAUAGAUCAAUUUGUCCCUGCGUGGUAUCAAGAAGAGAGGAAGUGACAGUUUAUGGAUCUGACUCAAGGGUCCAUGACAGUUGCUGAAUAUGCAUAUGAAUUUCUUCGCUUGAGUAAAUAUGCCCAGGAUAUGGUGAGAGCGGAACCAGAUAAAUGCCGCAAAUUUGAGUACGGGCUUAAUGAAGAAAUUGCUGGUCUAGUGGUUGCUUUACGCCACACUAGUCUCACAGAGCUAGUCGGUGCUGCUCAAAGCUUUGAAGGGUGGCGUAGAAGGAAGACAGGCAGUGGAACCUUUUCACACUCGGCUCCCAUAAGGAACUCAAUAGGAAAGAAGCAACAAAGUGACAAGAGUAAAUCUCAGGGCCAUUGGUCCAGAUUCAGCCAAUCAUCUCGUUCCCCAUCAACAACUGGCAGUAAUAAAUUUCAAUCGUCAGUUCCGCAGGCUAAAAAUGUCCCAUUAUGCUCUUUCUGUAACAAGCAUCAUAUUGGCGAAUGUAGAAGAGCCUCUGGAGCUUGUUUCCGUUGUGGCCAGAUGGGUCACAUGCUCAGAGAUUGUCCCACACUUGUCAAUGGUGCUGCUUCAUCGGCUCCAAACCGCCCAACGCAGCCCCCGCAAAGGAGUCAACAAACUGGCAACCAAGGCAAUGCUAGAACCAACUCUGAAACGGUGAAUAGGCCAACACAAGGUCGUCCUCAAGCUAGGACUUAUGCGAUGCAAGCUAGAGAGGAGCAACCUGAGAAUGACGUCAUCAUCGGUUGACGUGGACUCAGCUAAGAUAAGGAUACUGGGAUGGACGGUGGCGUAGGAUUCAUGUGCAUACCAUGUGUGUAUUGUUGAAAAUAAAUAAAAAUAAAGCAAAUUUGACUUUAAUCAUAAUUGAUCAUUUUCGUUUUGUAAACGCUUCCGCAUAUCAUAAAAUAUUUUGUGAUGUAUAAUAUUAAGUGAUUUAUGACGACUUGAUAUAUUUUUUAGUAUUGAAUAAUAAAUUGACGUUUUAAUAAAUAUGUUUUAUUUAAUACUUAAUUUUAUCUAAAUAAUUAAAAGUCUUUCGGUCAAAUCUGUUUUGAUUUCUACCACGUGACACAUUGCUCGGAUCGGCGGGGCUGGUUCGGGUAGGGUGUUACACAAGCGUUACCUCGAUUCUUGAGCACAGUGAUCCGUUGUUUUGUACGGUCACUCCGAUCUUCUCUCGGUACCUCAUCUCCUCUAUUAGAAUCUAGACUUCUACCUUAAGUGUGCACACCCCCUAAAGGGAUUCUAAGUCCUCCGAGUAGUAUGAAGUCUAAGUAGUUCUGACGUCAACGCCCC